AGUGCCGUGUGUUACUUUAGAGCGGGGUGGACUCAGUGCCCGCCUUCUGGUGCCAGGGUGGGGUUCUGUCUGCGGAGUCGUGGGAUCAGUGGCUCGGAAGAGUGGUGACUUAAUGAGAGAAGGAUCAGGGAGAGAACCGAGGAGACUUUAGCGGCAGCUCCCGCAGGAAAACCAUGCCGAAACCCCGGAAGAGGCUCGCCGGGGCUGCUGGGCCUGCUGGGCCAGACAAUAAGGGACCAGCAGGAAAACGUACCAAGACUAAGAACCCUGCUGGGGCAUCAGCUACAAUGGGUAACUCCAGCCCGGAGAAGACUUCAGCCUCUAUAGACAGUGGGAAGAAUCUAAGUAAUUACUGGCUGAUGAAGUCUGAGCCAGAAAGCCGACUAGAGAAAGGUGUAGAUGUGAAGUUCAGCAUUGAGGAUCUUAAAGCACAGCCCAAGCAGACAGCAUGCUGGGAUGGUGUUCGCAACUACCAGGCCCGGAACUUCCUUCGAGCCAUGAAGCUGGAGCAAGAAGCCUUCUUCUACCAUAGCAACUGCAAAGAGCCAGGCAUUGCAGGACUUGUGAAGGUUAGUUGUACAAGCAUUGGUCUUAAUCCCUCUCCCUUCAGGGAGACUUACUCAUAUAGAUAUAAAGGAACACAGCUUAGAUCAGUAACAAAAAAAGAAGUACUCUCUUCCCCUUCCCUGAUGUCACAAGAAUAUGGAAAAACCACCCUGGCCCCUUCCAAUACAGCAAGGACUAUAACAUGGCAGGCCUCAUUUCAGGUCCCCCUGGUACAGACUUCAUUUCUGUGCCUUGGUCUUUCACUCAAAAACAGACCUGAUGAUAGCUCUUCCAAACCAGGAGUUAUUAAGAUAAGAUUAUUAACUGCAGGUGGAAAAACAGUGGUACCAAUAAUAAACUUUAAUACUUGGUUUUUAAACCUACUUUUAAGAUUUCUGUCAAAACAGGUUUGAUUUCCUAGGUUUGCUCUAGAUUGUGUUAUUUCCAGAUUUAGUGGCCCUACAGCACGGCAGAAGACCUGAGUAUGUGCAGGGUCAGAAGUGAAAGUUGGACUUGAAUUAAAAAUUGGCCAUGGAGCUGACUGUACAGGCAAAUGAUCUGAGACUUGGUUUUGGUUUCAGAUUGUGAAGGAGGCUUACCCAGACCACACACAGUUUGAGAAAAACAAUCCCCAUUAUGACCCAUCCAGCAAAGAAGACAACCCCAAAUGGUCCAUGGUAAAGACUACUAUUUUUCCUAUUUCAUGA